UUCAAUCAAACAUCUCUUAAUUAAACAUUCUCUAAUACUACAACAUCCAAGAGUACUUUUCACAUUGAGAAACAAAAAUGGCGUUCAACAAGAAGCUUUUAUUCUCUGUUUGCUGCGCCACAUUAGUGUUCACUCUUGUCUCCGCCCUUUCCCCUGAAGAGAUCAAAGCCACCAUGGAUGAACACAACAAGCCCCGCGCUGAGGUCGGUAACGCUCCACUCAAGUGGAACGAGACCUUAGCCCAGUACGCUAAAGAAUAUGCUAACAAAAGAGUUGGCGACUGCGUGAUGGAGCACUCAAUGGGGCGUUGGGGUGAGAACUUGGCCUCAGGUGCCGGCAUGACUGCCGCCGAUGCCACCAAAUAUUGGGUUACCGAGAAGGAGUUCUAUGACCACAAAUCAAACAAAUGUGUCAAAGAGGAAUGUGGUCACUACCUUGCUGUGAUUUGGGGCAAAACCACCGAGGUAGGAUGUGGUGUUUCAAAGUGCAACAAUGGAGUGAACUACGUCGUUUGCAGCUACGAUCCCAUGUAUCAGCCGGAGGACGAACGUCCCUACUAGACACUAUAUAUGCAUGCGCAUGUGACCUCGCACACACCUACACUUGUAUUUUUUGUUCUUUCAGGAAACUAGAAAAUAAAUUGGGGAUGAGAGACGGUUAAAUUGUAACUGGUGUAUAGAAAUACAUCCGGACUCUCAACAUCCCUUAUGUGACUAGCACAUGAUCAUUGAUUGUGAAAGGUAAAACACAAUAAUUAAUAAAAAAAUGAAAAAAAUACAAAGUAUUAUUUUUU